CUAGUAUAAAUGCUAUAAUAUGGUGUGGGAAGUGAAGACAAAGGAUAUGUCCAACACAUUGCAGAAAGUCCAGUUAGUUGUGGACAAAAGACCUACAGUAAUAAAUGAGUCUGUGGAGAUGCUUAAAUGUGAUGAACGUCUCCCAUCUUCUCCAGGAUACGAGUCGUCUGAUGAUCACAUGGAACUUGAUGAUCUUCCCGAGUUACAAGCUGUUCAGACUGACUCCACAUCAUCACCUGGGGUGUUUCACCUUGAUGCUAAUGUGUCCCAUCAGGAAUAUUCAGUGCCUUCUUGGAACCAGAAUACCUCAGAUAUGUCUGAAAGUGCCUACUCAUGUGACCGUGGGACAAACUGGCUGGCUGAGCUGGCAAACAUUGCCACAAGUCCACAGAGUCCUUUAAUGCAAUGUUCAUUUUACAAUAGAUCAUCACCUGUUCACAUAAUAGCUACCAGCAAAAGUUUACAUUCCUAUGCCCGCCCUCCACCAGUUUCCCCGGUAAAUGAGUCCGAUCUAUCCAAAUGUGAUUGGAAAGAAGAGACCUCAGUCAGACAUGAGCGAGCAAACAGUGAAUCGGAGUCUGGCAUUUUCUGCAUGUCGUCAUUUUCCGAUGAUGAUGACUUAGGAUGGUGCCAUUCUUGGCCACAUACCAUUUGGCACUGUUUUUUGAAAGGAACACGUCUAUGCUUUCAUAAAGGACGCAAGAAAGUGUGGCAGGACGUGGAAGAUUAUGCCAAAAUUGUACAUUGUAGAAACGAACGGGAGGCAGUCGGCUCUCAGAAGGGCUAUGGCUCAGAAGGACUUAAGCUGAUUUCACAUGAAGAGAGCGUUUCUUAUGGAGAAUCUGUUCUUCAGCUUACUUUUGAUCCAGGUACAGCAGAAGAUGGCCUACUUACAGUAGAAUGCAGAUUGGAUCACCCCUUCUAUGUAAAAAAUAAAGGUUGGUCAUCAUUUUACCCAAGUCUAACUGUGGUUCAGCAUGGCAUUCCCUGCUAUGAAAUUCAUGUUGGUGAUAUUUGUCUACCUCCUGGUCAUCCGGAUGCCAUAAAUUUUGAUGAUUCUGGUGUUUUUGAUACAUUUAAGAGCUAUGACUUCACCCCAUUGGACUCUUCUGCUGUGUAUGUUUUGAGCAGUAUGGCACGUCAGCGCCGGGCAUCCUUAUCCAAUGGUGGCACUAGCAGUCCAGAUCCUGAAAGAUCUAUUGGCAAAGACUGUGUAUCUCCACAAACUUCCUACUCUUCAUUGUAUAAUAAAAAUAGCAGGAGUCACAACUCAGGGACUUCAAAUUCUGUGAUGGCCACAUCUCCCAACAAGUGCAAAAGACCAAUGAAUGCCUUCAUGCUUUUUGCCAAAAAGUAUAGAGUCGAAUACACACAGAUGUACCCAGGAAAAGAUAACCGAGCCAUAAGUGUGAUACUUGGAGACAGGUGGAAAAAGAUGAAGAAUGAGGAAAGGAGAAUAUACACAAUAGAAGCGAAAGCCCUGGCUGAAGAACAAAAACGCUUAAAUCCUGACUGUUGGAAGAGAAAAAGAACAAAUUCAGUGAGUAAUAAGCCAUUUUUGUGA